UUUGCUUUUCCUCGUCGUUGCCAUUUUUUUGUUGCCGCUUCCGCCUCAAGUACUUCGCGCGAACUAGGGUUUGGAUAGUCACCAAAGAAAGCUUCUUCAGCUCCUUCGACGACGACGUUGUUCCUCUUCGAUUUGAAGUCACGACGGAGGUAACGAUCUUUCUCCUCUGACAUUAGCGCAGUAUUCUUCCACCCAGUCUAUGGAGUUAGCCGGCGGCGAGAGACCAACCAUUGUGAUUGGCGGGAAGGGAUCGUCCCUCUCAUCUGCGGACGUCUAUGCGGUUGCUCGUGGCCUUCGCAAGGUAACCAUCGAUCCUGCUGCACUCGAAAGGCUUUCCCGUUCCCAGUCCCCUCGUCCUCAUCAAGCUGCAGUUGAGUCCAUUUCCAAAUUUUUAACUUCAGAUGAGUCCCGCGCCGCUCUUGUGGUUCUCAUUAACAAGCUCGUCGUCUCGGACGCGGCCGUACGACCCACUUUCCCCUCUCUCAUCGGGGAAAUUCUUGGUUUACAAUCAGGGCACAGUUCUCUCGAUUUCGGUUCCUCAGUUGGGCUGGUUACCUCGCUUUUUAAGUUGAUCGGAAAACACCCAGAUGAGUUUGUAGGCGCCACCAAGGAUGAGAUCAGCGUAUUAGAGAAAUCCGCUGCCGCUUCUGUUGGGAUUUGCGCGAUGCUGGAUUGUUGCGCUUCUGCACUGGUGAAGCUAUCGGAUGCUGUUGCUGCGUUCUCCUGCGAAGCUGCUAGGGCUGAUGUUGCUUUGUUUGAUUUGCCGCCAUCAGGGGAUGGAUUCUUUAAUAAGGACGAGACGGAUGUGGCAGCUGAUAUGAAAGCUUUUCUUUUUGGAUCGAAAACCGUGGGCCAGUUAAAUACAGGACCCUUCAGUGAUACCCCUGCCGGUCAUGGUAGUUUCCGAGGAGCUGUGAGGAUUUUGCAUGGUAGAACCAGAGAGGAGUUGAAUUCUUCAAUUAAUGUGAGGAAGAAUGCAGUUGGAGUGGUGAGUCAUGUGAAGGAGAAUGCAUUGGUUGCUUUAGUUUUGCCACUGGCAAAGUCAAUUCAGUUAAUGUGUAAACUUAGCUUGGGGAGAGCAAUGACUGUGGCUACAUCCCUAGGUAAUGAAGAGAAACGAAAAAAGUUUAUGGAAGAUUUUGAAAAGAGAUGCCCUAGUUUGGAUGUAAUGAGAGAGCAAUUGUGCUUGGUUUUAGCGAAAGCUGCUUCCGAAUCAGAUUCUGUGGAGAUUUUGCAUGGAGUUUAUGAAUUGUUGGUGAUAUUGAAAGAAAUUCUUGCCUGGGAGGCAGCAACAGCUUUGUAUGCACUUGAGUUGGAUGAUUCAAUUGAAAAACCAGAGGUCAAUGAUACAGCUUGUAUCAAUGUGAAUAGUGAAAGUGGAAAAGUUGAGAAGAAAGGGGAGAAGAAGAAGAGAAAGAAAACUCUAGGAAGGGGAAACUCUAUUUUGUGGAAGGUUUUCAAAGAUAUGUUAAGUUCACAAAAUGAUGCAUCCACUGAUAAUGUUGCCACUUUUGGUCAUUGGGCAGAGCUGCUUGCACUAUAUUUUGAUCCUGAGGAAACGAGGCUUGAUACACUUUUAGGAAAAAUCAAGGAGAUAGUUGAGAGCAAUGAAGUCAGAAGGCUACCAAAGAUUCCCAAAGGCACUCGUGAUUUUGGCAAAGAGCAAAUGGCCAUAAGAGAACAUGCAUUUUCAGUCAUUACAAGUGUUUUCAAGAGGCAUGGAGCAGUGUCACUUGAUACUCCUGUCUUUGAGUUAAGGGAAACUCUCAUGGGAAAAUAUGGAGAAGAUUCCAAGUUAAUAUAUGACCUUGCUGACCAGGGUGGUGAGCUUUGUUCCUUGCGAUAUGACCUUACUGUUCCAUUUGCACGUUAUUUGGCUAUGAAUAACAUCAAUUCAUUGAAAAGGUAUCAGAUUGCCAAAGUAUAUAGACGAGACAACCCAUCCAAAGGUAGAUACCGUGAGUUUUACCAGUGCGACCUUGAUGUAGCUGGCCAGUGUGAAGUAAUGGAAGCUGAUUUUGAAGUUCUCAAAGUUUUGACCGAAUUGCUGGAUGAACUCAAUAUUGGUGAUUAUGAGAUAAAGUUGAAUCACAGAAAAUUGUUGGAUGGAAUGCUUGAAAUAUGUGGUGUCUCCUCUGAAAAGUUCAGAACAGUUUGUUCAAGUAUUGACAAACUAGACAAGCAGUCCUUUGAGCAAGUAAAAAAGGAGCUGGUGGAAGAGAAAGGGCUGGCUGUUGAGACGGCCGAGAAAAUUGGUACAUUUGUGAAGAAACGAGGGCCACCGCUUGAAAUACUUUCCGAACUGAAGGGAAGUGGUAGCUCAUUUUUGGGUAACAGCGGCUCUGUCCUUGCAUUGAAUGAACUUGAAAUUCUCUUUAAUGCUCUUGAAAAAUCAAAAUGUUUAGAAAAAAUAGUUUUUGAUCUGAGCCUUGCAAGAGGGCUUGAUUAUUACACUGGGGCAAUAUUUGAAGCGGUUUUCAAAGGUUCUACACAGGUUGGCUCCAUAGCUGCUGGGGGGCGAUAUGAUAAUCUUGUGGGAAUGUUCAGUGGAAAACAGGUCCCUGCAGUGGGCGUUAGCCUUGGAAUUGAAAGAGUCUUCACAAUAAUGGAGCAACUUGAAAAGGAGAAGAACAAGGUUAUUCGUGCAACUGAGACUCAAGUCCUGGUUGCUAUCCUUGGUAAAGAUCUACUGUUGGCUGCAGAGUUGGUUAGCGAACUGUGGAAGGUAGAAGUAAAGGCAGAAUUUGGAUUAAACAAACGAGUAAGAAAUCAUAUUGAUCGAGCCGUUGAAUCCGGCAUCCCGUGGGUGGUUUUUGUUGGUGAGUCCGAGCUGAACAGUGGUUUUCUCAAGUUGAAGAACAUUGAAUCCCACCAAGAGGAGAUGAUUCCCCGGGAAAGAUUUGCAGAAGAGCUUCAAAAAAGGUUAAACAUGGUGUAAGAGAUUUCUGCUAGUUUGGUUUAGAGAUGCAUUUUUUUAGACGUUUAAGGUUUCAUUUGAGAUGUUUUUUUAUUGUUUUUUAAAGCAGCUUCUAGUAUAAUAAUUUAUUAAAACUGUUUUAAAAAACAAUAAAAAAACUGCCCCCAAAUGAAGCUUAAGUUAGCAGUUUCCGAGAUGUCUGUCACCGAAAUGAGAAUUGAAGGUGGAAGCCUUUUCACUCUCUGGUUGAGGUAUUACUAAUACUUAGAAUGAAAAUCUCUAAUUUUGUGCUGAUGCAUUGCUGAAUACGUCAGUAAUUUACAAGCAUUUCUUAUAUCAA